AUGGUGCGAAACGGUACUCCUCUGCCCGCCCAGCUCCCCGGUCCGCCUUUGAGCGACCGCGAAGCCAUCGCCGACGCAUGCUACCGCGCUUUCUUGUCCAUCGACCAAUGCAGCGAGGAGCUUCUGAAAUCAAGCGUGACGCCCGACGUCUACACCGAUAUUGCCUUCAAAGUCUGCAACGGCUAUGAUGAGCUUAGAGACAAGGUCUGGGUGAAUGUCAGCAACCGGGUUGACACUGUCCACUAUCUCAACAACAUGCGCGUGAGCGUCGACACCGAAACCACCGGCCGUGUUACCUUCAGCGCCAUGGCUGUGCACUGCAUACUCGACAAGGGCUACGAGCCGGAUUCUACAAAGUUCACAACGGGAGCGCUUUACACCUGCGAUGCUGUCAAGGUGGACGGGAUUUGGAAAUUGAAGACGAUGAAGUCUAACCAUGUUUGGUCUACUGGCGAUCGCUCUAUCAUGAAGCCGCCUCAGUGA